CUGGGGGGACAAUCUGGGACCUGCAUUGUGUUCCUCGCAGCUUUACUUGAGUUUGCCAAUGGAUGGAGUCCGAGCAUGGUGCCGACCAGACGUCCAAAGACGGUCAACAUCAAGGUUUCCUGGGCUCACCGGCUGCGUCACGAGGCAGUUGCAGAGAAGGAGCUGGGCAGCGAUGAACGUUGUCAGGUGGUAACACACGCCUCCUCAGAGUUGCCAGUGCCGCAGUUGGACUUUGAUGCCAAGGUCACUGAGUACAGCGUGUGCCCCACAAAGUUACAACGUGGAGCCUUAUGGAUGGAUGGAAGGUCAAGCCCUUUAUUCGACAUGGCUUGGACCUCACAGGAUUUGCUCAUGAUGAAGGCUCCUGUGGCAAGACGGGAAGAAGGUCUCUCACGGGAGUCGAUUUGCUCGUCCAUAGUGGUCCCACAGGUCUAUGUGGCCGAAGACCUUCAGGAGGAGAUCAAAGCAAUUGAGGCUGCCAUGAUUAGCGAAGCCUCCCGCGCUCCCAGUGGUAUUUCCAGUCGCACCACGGUGCCAGCACCUUUGCCAGUUCGCCGGGGUGCACCUCCCAGGCCUACAGAUCCGCCGAUCCUGAUGGAGGUGCCUCAUUGUUGGCAUGCGGCCAGCUACACCUCAAAGUGGCAGCUGGUGCACCAUGCCUCUGAAAGCCCUGGGGAGGUCUCCAGCAUCAUCAAUGAGGUUUGCAGGCGUCCCCGAGGGAAGAGUGCCUUGCGGCCUCGGCUUGGCCAACGUGUUGGGACGCCCCGAUGACCGAGACCCGCGGAGCCUUGCCUGUCAGUUCCUUGACCAAAAUGUGUGAAGUGUCACCCUUUAGAGCUUCCCAAGAUGGGUUAGAAUGUAUUUGGGCAGCUUGGGCAGGUGCCCACAAUGCCCAGAGAUCUUGUGUUUCGGCCUUUUCUUCGGUGUUUCUGGCCAACCAAAAGAUCGGUGGCCGGAACUCACGGGCCCGGCGACGUCAAAAAGGCGCUGUCCGAAACUCCGCC